AUGAAGAUAGAAGAGAUUUUGAACUUGAAGGAGAAGGAUGAGGAGAACGAGGUUAUCGUUUUGAGUGAUAAUGAUGAAGAGUUUGAUUCGGUUGAAAAAGUGGUGGAAGAUGGAGAAGACAGUGAGGAAGAUGAUGAUGGUGGAGAUGAUGAUGAAGAAGAGAAUGAUGACGAGGAUGACGACGACGAUGAUGAUGCUACUGGUGCUGGUGAGGAUGAUGACGAGGAGGAUGAAGAAGUUGGAGCAGGUGAAGGUGCACGUGGUGGUGAGCCGGAUGACGACGAUGAUGAUGAUGACGAUGAUGACGACGAUGAUGAUGAAGAUGAUGAAGAUGAUGAGGAUCCAGAGGAAGAGGAGGAUUUGGGAACAGAGUACCUUGUCCGUCCUCUAGGUGCUGCUGAGGAGGAGGAGGCGUCAAGUGAUUUUGAACCUGUGGAAAAUGGUGUUGAUGAAGAUGAAGUGGAGGAAGACGAAGGCGAGGAAGAUGAAGACGACGACGAUGGUGGUGACGAUGGUAAGAAGGCUGCUGUGGUUCCACCGAAACGAAAGAGGUCAGGCAAAGAUGAUUCAGAUGAUGACGAUGGAGGAGAAGAUGACGUCCGACCCUCAAAACGAUAG